AUGUCUGCUUCUACUACCCCCACAACAACUACAGCUACCACCACAACAACAAAUACUACUACAACUUCUAGUACUACAGCUACUACUACAACUACACCCACAACAACAACUUCUACUACUAUUACCAUAUCUACUACCCCCACAACUACAUCUAUCACAACGUCUACCACUACACCCACAACAAUUACAUCUACCAUAAUAACUACUACACCCACCACAACACCCACAACCCCUAUUAAAUCGACUACGACCACUGCAACAACCACUAGUACUACUACUACUACUACUACCAACACCACCACCAUGUCCUUGACGACCACCACAACAGCGACAACAACAACAGCAAAUGGCAUGGAACUCUUUUGUCAACACGAAGGGCUGAACCCAGAUAUUGGGGAUCCACGGGAUUGUUCCGUUUACUACCAUUGUGAGAAACAAUCCGGCCAUUGGAUCGUUACGCAAUGUUUCUGUCAAGACGGACUGGGAUUUGAUCCUCUGAUUGAAGUUUGCUCGUGGAUUGACACCAUUCCUGAUUGUCUGGCAGAUCUUUGGACAAGUGGGAAGCGAUCAAGUUUGAUGCCACGCCAAUCAGAUGUGUGUACUGGUAAAUAA